AUGGAAAACCAGCGGCAGGAAUCAUUCAAGCGGCUACGUACACCAUGUGUGGAGCUAAGCUCCGUCGGUCUGGGUUUUCGAGGUAAUCAUAACUCAGCUGCAGAUGUGACUCGAGCUCUUGAACCAGUUCACUAUGUCUUGGAGGAGCUUGCAGGAAAGAAUGCGUUGGAUGAGAAGCUUGCUGAAUAUGCCUUCUUCCCUCUCUCACAUAUCUUCAAUGAAACGCAGCGACUACCGACGCGGUGUCUCGAGUUAGCAGUGAAAUGCUUACAAAUAUUGGUUGCCGAUGGGUGGCGUCGAAAAUUAUCGCCAGCAUUGGGCAAGCAAUUGAUCAUAUUGCUGACAUUGAUCGUGGGCGGAUCCCCAAGCAAAAUCGAUGGGAAAGAACCUCUUAAGAACCAAGCAACAGAAGAGCUCUCAACAGCGGGUUUCAAUUGUCUCCGGGUGAUUUUCGACGUGCUGGAGGGCCCAGUUGCAGAACAGACCAUUUUCCAUGAGAUCGGCACCGCAACGGUAGUCGAUCAAACGGUCUAUCUCUUAUUAGAAGGAAUUGUGGAUGAGAGAUCCGAUGAUCUCUGUGUUGCAUCUGCAAAGGCAUUACAGGCCCUUUAUGCCAGAAUCUCAGACCAUGUGGUACUGGCGAGCAUCAUGCCAAGAACAGUCUCUGCGCUAGCCAAAGUGGUGAAACCCACAACACAGACUCGACGGUCAUACAAGUUGCUGGAGAUAUGUUUACACACCUUGAACCAUCUUCUGCAAGCGGUGCUUAAUGAUCGUGUGACUGCUCAGACAGAGAAGAUAAAGCCCGCCCAACUCGAAACCGAUACAGUGGCGUUGGACAAGUCUUGGCUGAAAGCUACAACCACGCAAAUCAAAUUAGCGUUAGUCAACGUGAUCCAGGUCCGGCGCCAUCAGCGACCAGAAGUACAAACUGCAAUGUUGAAGCUCUGCGUCAUGGUGAUAGAAGACUGCCAGGUCACUCUGAAAGACGCCGUUCCUUUGAUGGUUGACACGAUCGUGGUUCUAGCUGACAAAGAAGAAGAGUUACCGAAUGAGGCCUAUAAGACACUCCUUCAUCUAACUACCACAUAUCCAGUCGUGAUAGAUUCUCUCAAGGAAUCACUUCAUAGUUGGCUCAUGUCCUUUCCUCGAAUCAUGCAAAGCAAUGACGAGACAGCUAAACAAUGGGGAAUACGGCAGAUCUCGACUGCCUUCCAGGUCUUAUCCCAGGUUCAGUCUGGGUCUGACAUACUGACAAAUAGCCUGGCAUCUGGCCUAUGUGACAGUGUCAGUGCCGUCGUCAAAACCAGCAUAAACGGGCCACAAAUACUGGCCUCUACUACCCCAGAGAGCCUGAACCUGGAUGUCAUUGGCAUCGGGUCUCAAUCGCUAGAAUUUCCUCCGGUACUAUUAGAGCACCAAAGUCAGCAACAAACCUUGAAGGACCUGCGGUCUAUGAUCACAAGGCUCAACCUGUCUGAAUCUGGAAAUGCGAUCACGCGUUUGAUUGUCAAUCGACUGCAGGCUACAUCAGAUGAGACCGUCGUUGGUCCCUUCUGGUUAGCUUUGACGUCUCUUCGCUCACAGUCCCAAUCUAUGGCUGUCUUUGAUGACUUCCUUGCGGAUGACCAACUAGACCAGCCCCGGUCUCUGUCCAAGCGUGCGACAAUGAUAGAGGAGCUGUAUUGUACAUCAUUGAUCAUUUUGACUGAACUACCAGCGGAUGGUUCUGGUGACUGGAGAACACUGGCUCUUGCUUUGGAAGCAGUUGCUCUACAAGCCCAGCAACUUGGUGAGGCAUUCCGACCCGAGCUCAUGGAUGCUUUGUAUCCCACACUACAAUUGCUAGCAUCCAACAACCCGGUUCUCCAACAUCAUUCCAUGACAUGUUUGAAUAUAUUGACCAAAGCCUGCAAUUACCCGGACACCAGUACAAUGAUUAUCGAAAAUGUGGACUAUCUGGUCAACUCAGUUGCUUUGAAGCUCAACACCUUUGAUGUGUCGCCAUAUCCACCGCAAGUUCUUUUCAUGAUGGUAAAACUCUGUGGCCCAAGACUCAUCCCUUACUUGGAUGAUGUGAUCGACUCCAUAUUUGGCAUUGUGGACCUAUACCAUGGCUACCCAAAGCUGGUCGAGAUGUUGUUCAAGUCUUUAGCGGCUAUUGUUGAAGAAGGAGCAAGAAAACCAUCGCUACUGACAAUCGACGAUGGCCGAGAGACUGGCCCUCACGACCACCGCAAGAGUCAAUACCAGCACCUCUCAAUUUCCACGAUUGCCGAAAAUAUUUUGAAGAGGAAAGCUAAGAGCGCGAUGCAUGACGAAGAAGAAAUGGAUGCGGAAGGGAAUAUCCCGCAUCCCAAGAAGCCCUGGUCAGAAACCUACGACAAGCCACCUCCAGAACCCGAAACCAUCGAGGAAUUACUGAACCAAGCUGAAUCCGAUGAGCCACUUCCACCACCCAAAGAGCCAGAGGAUAGCGAGAAGCCACUGAGCAAGACUCAUUCCCUUCUUUUGCACAUCGUCAAAUCAACCCCAUCCCACCUUUCUUCGCCAUCGCCCUAUCUCCGACGCUCUCUUCUCACAAUCCUCAUCGACGUGCUCCCAGCCUUAUCCCAAAAUGAAAACAGCUUCCUCCCUCUAAUCAACGAUCUUUGGCCCUCAGUAGCCUCAAGAAUCAUCUUCCCUUCGUCACUGGGCUCCGAAUCCUCUUCAAACAGCCUAAUCACCCAAUCCACCUCCGGCUCAACAAAAACCCCCAGUCAACCCGAUAUUCAGACCUUCCAAGAAGAAACCUUCGUCAUCACAGCAGCCUGCCAAGCUAUCGAAGCCAUGUGCAAGGGCGCAGGCGACUUCAUGGCCUCUCGCAUCGAACCCGAGUUUUCUCGAUGGGAACGCGUAUAUCAACGCGUCUGGACAAAAGUCCGACAAGACGCCGAAGCAGCGAAUGAACGCCGUGCCCGCCAGGAACGUCUGGAGAAACAGAAACAAGAACGUUCAGGUGCUCCAAUGCUCAUACAAGCUGUUGAUACCGAGACUUCAAACGCUGAAUUCAACUUAGCGCCCACUGCCUCUCUCGCACUGUCACCUCUCACAUCCGGAUCCAAAGCCUUUACACCACAUCACACACUCUGGCGAGCAUUGAUUUCACUAUUCCUAACCGUCCUAACUCGCGUCCGUCUACCACUCGAAGUGGGAGAUCGGAUAUGCGAGAUACUGGGUGCGUGGAUUGCGUUAUUUGUUGGUCCCGCAUACUAUUUUCAUUCUAGGAAUUUGGACUCGGGUGCUAGGUUGGAUGAUGCGCAAAGGAGUAUGCUUUCAUCAGUUGAUGAUGCUAUCCAAGCGAUGGAGACUUGGAAUGCGGAUUUGACUUGGUUCAUUUUUGAGCAGCAGCGGAAUCAACUGCAUAGUCCUUCUACUGGACCUGUGUCUGAAGUUAAGGAUGAUAUGGCCCUGGAGCUUGAUGGAGUGGUACUCCGGUUCGCAGAGGUUGCAUUUUAA